UGCUACGCGGGGCCGCCGCUCGUAUGUACAAGCAAACGCGAGUGCGAAAGAGAGGCAAAAUACGCAUCAGGCGCUCGCGCGCGUGUUAGAUAAAGACAGCGCGAGCGAGAGCUACGGCCGAGAGAGUGGAGAGUCUGGCAGUAGAAAGAGAGAGAGAAAGAGAAAAAAUGCGACGAUCGUCUGUAGCGAGGAUGCUCAUUGCGUAUUGUUCUGGGCAGUGAUUCGAGGCUUGCGAAAGAGUGACUUUACGUUAACAUAGUCGAAUUUGAAAUAUUCAAUGAAUUAACUGACACACGACGAGAUAGUAUAUAGAUAUAUAGCACCGUCAGUCAGUACUCAGUGUCUCUUUUCAGGUAUAACGUUCAGUCAAGUCUCACACACAGGCUCUCUCCUCUCCCUCUUCUGAUGUACGUGCGAAGACGUCGUCGUUCGAGGUGCCCCGAGGAAGAAGUUGCCGCGGUCAGACUGAUGCACCGUUCACUCUGGAGAAAUUCGUCAUCGUCGAGAGGCAGUCUCUGACGAAGUGCCUUAGAGAACCUGAUGCGCUUUUCGAGCCGAGCCGUUUAUUUUCGUCCUCGUCCAGCCGCUCAACAGCACUCUUGUUUACCUGCUAAGGCUUCCAAGAGAGCAUGUCAGAGUGGCUGGAUGGCCCUGACACACCACUCUUGCAACAAGGAGACCAGCCAUCACGAAAAUGCUGGUUUUUUUUUGGCCUUCCUGCAAUUUACCAGUGGUACUUCUUCUACACCAAGCAGCAAUGAGGAAACAUCUGUGUGUCUGGAACAAUGUAGGAUCAGCACGAAUAGACAAGAAUUUUGAGCUAGACUUGACCUGUUCUGCCAACUUGUUAUGAAUUCGCUAACUUUUGUAGGGAAUCAAUGGAGCUGCACUGAUAAAAAGAACUGUGUUGGAUUAUCUGCCUUGACAAGUUUCAUAAUGUUUGGAAUGCCAGCCUCAAAAUUAAAAAUAUAGAAACAUAAAGUAUGGGGCAUAUCUUUUGAUAUAUUGCUACACUUGUGUCAGUGAACACACAAUAUUGUGUACAGUUUCAACUUGAUUCACUCUUCCAAUAUAGAGUGGAUAAUGCUGUUUCAUAAAACAGCCUUUUACUGUACAUGUGGUGCAAUACUUGAUUUUGUCAGUCUCUAAAAUAACAGCUUAAAAUUUUUUAGAAAUAAUCACUUACCUAACCAUCAAGCAACGAGGUCAAUGCAUACAUUUCAUCGAAAAAGCUGUAUAAACAAUUUUUUUACAUUUCUCACUUUGACAUUUAGUUGCUCUUCUCACGGCUCUCAAAUUCAAUACAUAUCAACUAUGUUAGCUUAUGAAAAAGAGCAUGCGCUAUAAAUAGAUUUCUUAAUUAGUCUUCAUGAUGCAUACCAAUUUAUUUUUAAGCAUAUAGAGCUCAUAAAUGUAAUGAAUUUUGUAACAGUUUUGAUUCUUUUUACUCUUGUAUUCAUCUGUGUUGCUGAAUAGUUCAGUAAUAUUUGGAUUAUGAUUUUUCAGAUUAUUCAAUCAUCAACGAUGGUGGAAAACGAUAAAGAAUAUGUGUUGCAGUGGCCUGGCCAUGCAGCUUAUGUUUCUGAAAGAUUCAGUGGACUUUUAGCAAGGCAAACUUUAGUUGACAUCACACUCAUAUGUGAAGAACAAAAAUUACGAGUUCAUAAGCUUGUACUUGCUUCUUGCAGUCUUUACUUUGAGGAAAUGUUAGCAGAAGACCUUGGUCCAGAACCAAUUGUAUUUCUUAGAGACCUAGACUUUAGCAUUUUGAAAGCCAUGAUAGAGUUUAUGUAUUGUGGUGAAACUACUGUAUCUCACAUCCAUUUGCCAUCACUAUUAACUGCUGCUAGAUUGUUUAAGGUGAAAGAAUUAGAAUCUCUUGUAGAAAAAAUGUUGGGUUUACAAGCUCAAGACCACAAUGACAAUGAGGAGUAUCCAUCAAAGGAUGUCAGUGGAACAGGAUUCGUCAACGGUUUGAUGAGCAAUGAAGAUACCGGCAUUCGCGUGAGUUUCAGUAAUAAGCACGUGAACAAAGACCAGGACACCACGGACGCCUCGGAUUGCAGCGAAUCUGAGUGCGAAAGAAAUUAUCUCGACGAUAAUACGUUGGACAAUCCGAAUGGCGGUUGCCUUUAUAACGAGUCAUGCAGUAUUAUAAAAAGUAAAAACUGCUCGACCAUACACCGAAACGGUGAGGUAGCAAAGGAAAGACAAAACUCUGUUUAUUGGCCGGAGUCGGCGGAGUCGGCAAGUGAUAGUUCAUCGACACUUGACUCGGGAAAUUGCAAGAAAGUCAGGGAUGCAGCCUUAUACGAGAGGUUGUGCGACUUCGUAGGUAACGGCUGUGCGAAAAGCAACGACCGACCUUCAUUCGAAGUGAUGGAGAACGAGGUCAACAGGGUAGGCCAAUGUUCGAAAGUGUACACGCACAAGAAACGCAAGGUCAACGGUGAUAGUACAACGGAAAGGUUUCCACAUCUUGAGAAGAAUCUGCCUCAACCGUUGGCUUCGAAUCGCAUAGACUUAGCAGAUGAGUCCUCGAACGACGAGACUCCGGUCACUCUGCAAACGAAUUUAGACGGCGAGGGCUGCCUGUUGAGUUUCAAUAGCAUACAAUCGAUUGUAGGCUGUUCGUUGACCGAUUUCUGUCCAUCGAGCUCGUUUGAUGAGCUUCUCAAUACUAGAACGACAGAUGUAGAUGAGAAAGAUAGUGCAGCGGAUGACGCCGAAGGCGAAGAGGAGGAAGACAAACCGCCCGUACUAAGGAGAAGCGUACGUUUAAAGCAAGAACCUGAGGAGGAAACGUUCUCGAGGAGAAGUAGACUAAGGUCGAAGCUGAGGGAUGAUAAGAAAAAUCAAAAGACGAAAAUGAAGUUGUUUCCACGCAAAAAGAGCAAACCUAAAGAAUUAGAGCGAAGAGUUCCUAACGUUAAAGUGAUCAUGACAACAGGAUCCACAAGGAAAAGCCAUUCGAAGACAUUACGCAAGCAGUCGUCGAAAAUCGCGGGAAAAUGUAAUAGCACAAAAAACGCAAAUCAUCUGCCGAAGAGCGAGAAAGAGGUCGGCAGCAGCACCGCCAAGCCAAGGACAAUGGAUAAACCAACAACUGAGUCUACGGAGAAAGCUGAACUAGCUGCCGAGAAUAAUAAUCAUCACGCAAGUGAAUCUGUGAAGCCCAACACGACAGCAUCGGUAAAUCGAGCUCUGUGGGGCGAUAUGUCCGACGUGGCCGAAGACGGCGAAAUCAGUCAAGAGUUCCUAGAGUAUUCGGCCAGUGCAGAAAUACCAUUCGCCGUGGGAUUACUGCCACUUCGAGCUGCUUUGGAGAGAAUGCAAGCGACGCUCGAUCACCAGCCAAGAAAAACGCGCUCGUCGGUGGCGUCGACGAAACAGGAGCCGAACGGUCUCAAACGGAAAGCAACGAUCCAAGAAGUGGCGUCUUCUAGUGCCAAGAAGCAAACGAUAAGUGAGAGCGAAGCCGAUGAGAACGCUAGUGCAGUCUGCCAUAUACAGAUAAGGACGUCGUCGCAAUGCUCAAAGCCGAGGAAACGAUCUCUUUCCGAUGGCGCUACAGCUGGUUUGGAACAGACUGCUGUGAGCGGCAGGCAGUAGCUCUCUAUUGAGAAUCAGUGCACCGACAGUUUAGAUUGAUUUAUAUAUUGUACAUUACGUGAGGAUUGAUUUUUAUAAAAUUAACUUGUAGUACGUGUAAUCGUGUAUAUGAGGAGUUGUUAAUUUUUAAAAAAUCGAAGUUAAUAGCAGCAUGGAGGUUAACAGUGUGAUUCAUUUUUUUAUUGUAAAUGUAAUAUUAAAAAAGAAUAUUAUUAUUCGAUUGAUGGCGAAAUGUGAGUGAUAGGUUAUUACUUUUUAACUUGACAUUUCUUUUUUCCAAACGUAUCAUUUGUUUUUAUUAUGAGAAUUAAAUAUCGCAUUAAUAUGUUAUGUAUUAUCAAAAAAUGUUUCAUGAGAAUGUUGACGUAAGCAAUAUUUGAACAUUUUCAUAAUAAAAAUCAAUAUUUAUGCGAUCGUACUUAGCGUUUUUCUAAUCUGUUCAUACUUGAGACACUGAAAAUAUUGUAAUAUAGUUACUACAUAAUUUUAUAAUCAGUAUUAAAACUUCGUGAUAGUGCUAAGAUGAAUUUUUUUCAAUAUAUCAAACCCACUAAUUUGAAAGAAAAAAACUUAUCGAAUACAACUUUAAACAUAGAUACACAUGCUGUCAGUCGUUUUGUAAAACUUAAAAUAGAAACUGCAUAAAUAAACGAAAUAGUGCCUACUUUGAAAAAAGGUGAAGGCGAUUAUAUGUUUCCAAUUUUAAUCUACUAGCAGCAAUUUUGAAGUUUGGAGGAAUGCUUGUUUCAACAUCUAGUACCUAAAAUCUGUUCUACUUAGACUGUAAGAGAAAAAAAGUUUUCUGAAUCAAAUGUCUGGUUUAUCUACUAUAGAGCAUGUAAGUUCAACCACACUAUUUAUUAACUUCGUUUUACGAGUUUUGCAUAAAUACUUGUUGUCUCACGUUACAAAUGGAUCCGAAAUUAAAAAAUCAGCUAAUUAAAGAUCCUAUAAAAAUAUAAUGAGUUAAAAAUAGAACUACGAAUUACACACUACUUAAAAUAUAAGCGAUUGCCGAAUGAAAAUAAAUCACACACGAAUUAUUUAUGUUGAUUUAUCUGAUCUAAUAAUUAUUGAAUGGUUCAUUCAUGAUUUUCAUUUGGUCAAUUGCUGUAAUUUCGUAGACAAAUAAAAAUGUCUGUGUUAGCUUUUCUUUCAACAUUGUAAAACACAACAGUUUUAUUUUGGUUUUUAUAUGGAGCACAGUAAGGAAUGAAAAAAGAAACUUGUUAACUUUAGUCGAGACUUGAGAUUGUUUGAGAUCAAUCCCGCUAAAAAUGAUAUAUAUUUGGUCCUAUAUUGUGAUUAUUAUAUCAAGGAAGUUUGUACAAUGUAACAUAAUUUCCCAGUGGCUAUGUAAUCGUUUAGUACUAAUUGAAAGGAAUUUUCGCUUCGAUAUAAAUUUUUGUUAUAUUGUAUAUUUGUAUACAGCAAUCAUCUAAUUUCUCAAAUCACAUUGUACAUUUAAUCCAGAUUAAGGUGUUUAGUUAAAUUUAAGUGAAAGUAAGCAAGCUAUUGUUUGGCGCUUCUGUAUAAAAAAAGAGAAUAGGAUUGUUCUAUAUGAUUGUCACUUAAUUAUAUUAUUUCUAUUUUAUUAUUUUAUUAAUAUUGUCGUUAUCGAAGUUGUCAUCAUCACAAUAUACAGACGUACAAGAAAU